CCGCCGCCAUCGCCGCCGCCACCGCCAUGGCGGAGGUGAAGGUAAAGCCGGAGCUCCCCGACGCCGUGGACAUAGAGAACAGGAUCAUUGAACUGUGCCACCAGUUCCCUCACGGCAUCACGGACCAGGUGAUCCAGAAUGACAUGCCCCACAUGGAGGCCCAGCAGCGAGCCAUGGCCAUCAACAGGCUGCUCUCGAUGGGGCAAUUGGACCUUCUCAGGAGCAAUGCAGGUCUCUUAUAUAGAAUCAAAGAGUCUCAAAAUGCAAGUAAAAUGAAAGGCUCUGACAAUCAAGAGAAGCUGGUUUAUCAAAUUAUAGAAGAUGCAGGCAACAAAGGUAUUUGGAGCAGGGACAUUAGAUACAAAAGCAAUCUGCCUUUAACGGAAAUCAACAAGAUACUGAAAAACUUGGAAAGUAAGAAACUAAUUAAAGCAGUUAAAUCUGUAGCGGCAUCAAAGAAGAAGGUGUAUAUGCUAUAUAACCUACAGCCUGAUCGGUCAGUGACUGGGGGGGCUUGGUAUAGUGACCAAGACUUUGAGUCUGAAUUUGUUGAAGUGUUAAAUCAACAGUGCUUUAAAUUUCUACAGAGUAAGGCAGAAGCAGCUCGCGAGAGCAAACAGAACCCCAUGAUACAAAGGAACAGCUCGUUUGCCUCUUCCCAUGAGGUGUGGAAAUACAUCUGUGAAUUGGGUAUCAGUAAGGUAGAGUUGUCAAUGGAAGACAUUGAAACCAUUUUAAAUACACUAAUAUAUGAUGGAAAAGUGGAAAUGACUAUUAUUGCUGCAAAGGAAGGCACAGUGGGCAGUGUGGAUGGACAGAUGAAGUUGUACAGAGCUGUUAGUCCUCUCAUACAACCCACCGGAUUAGUCAGGACACCCUGUGGACUCUGCCCUGUUUUUGAUGAUUGCCAUGAAGGUGGUGAGAUUUCUCCAUCAAACUGUAUUUAUAUGACAGAGUGGCUAACGUUUUAAAGUGGGGAAAAAGAACUGUAAACUGGAUCAAUUCUCACUGCCAAGGUGAUAAAGCAACUUGCUUUUUAUCAGUGGACUUUUAAAUUUUUGAGUGAGUUUAGGACAUGGAGUUACUUUCUUUUUAACUACCCAUAAAGCAGCAAUACAUCAAUGAAGACCAGGGCUGAAGUGGAAAUGUUGAUCCACUCUUGCACAAACACACUGGCUCGUUGACUUAAAAAGUGCCAGGGAACAGCUGGGUUGUGAUGAAUCAGUUCCAAGGAUUAUGUCUAGUACUCCACAGGCAGUUAUCCUGAAUGAGAGGAAAUAAGCUCCUGCCAGUGGUAUUAGUCUGAAAGCAAAGUUUGGGAUCUCGGUCUUGUCAAAUCUCAUUAACGACUAUUUGCAAUCAGCUAAUGAGUGAAGUCUUAAAACUGACACUUUUCUCCUGUGUGCAACCAUCUAAUUGGAAAUGAAGAAUCUGAUGUGAUAAAGAUCCUAAAUACAUCAAACAGCACUUGCUGACACCUGCUAAUUUAUCCUGAAAACACACUUUGAUUCAUUCUCACGUACAUCUGUGUUUCAUAUUCUCCAUUGCUGCUGUUGUCUUCUGAUGAGUCUGUUAAUAAUUCCCUUAUCAAUUAGAGGAUCAUCAUGUGAUGGAUGUGCUCUGGCAGCUUCACUGUAUGAGUAGAUAUGUCAGCUGAAAUUCUAAAUAGAAGUAUUCCGGAAAGGUGCAUAUUCAGACUUGAUAUAGGCAUAUCAUCAGACAGCACGAUCUUUUCUUUCUGUGGUGUAGAGCCAAUUCUUUUUUCUUUUAAACGCGGUCUCUUGGCUCCUUCUCUGUGUGACUCUGCAGUGGUGACUGGUGAUAAUUUCUAGAGUGUGUUGUUGUCAUGAGCCUGCUGUCCUUAAUGGUGUCCAAAGGCGUGCUGGGUUACAGACAUGUUCUGAAGACAGAGUUUCUUCUAGUUUAGUAGGACUGUGGAUACCUAUCUGGGUAGUGGAAAGGGGUUCUGCUGCCCUUUGAAAUGUACGUUCAAAUCCUACUUGGGAAGUAAAUAGAUUUUUGCACCGUGUUAGGCUACUCCAACUCUUCCUUAACCUAUAAUCAAGGAACCACUUAGAAAAAGUCACCUCCCUUCUCAUAAAUGGAAAUAUUGUGCAUAUAUGGCACAGUCAGCUCUCCACCAUCCAGAAUAAGAGGGCUGAAGUAAGGUACUAGCAGCCAAGCCAGUGCAGAUGCAUGAACUUUGCAGAGCCAGCUUCAUUCCAAUACAACCAAUUACUCAGCUCAAAUUUGCUGAAUUCAAGCUAGCUCUGUAGGCAACUGCUCAGUAUUUUCAUAAGAUCCUCUCAGUGCUGGGAAACUAUUACUGGAUCAAGCACAACAUUGGACCCAUUGUACCUUGCUAUUUGCAGAAUUCCAUAUCUGGAAAUAAGCUCUACUGGAUGCAAGCCAGCUAAGCUAGCCCCUGUGUUAGAAGAGGUAGUGGUCAAACACAUCAGCAACUGAGUUUGACAGUAUGUUAGGUAAUCUCACCAUGAAUAGUAAACAGGCUAAUAGAAAGAGAUUUUGGAGGGCAGUUUACCUAGCUGGGGUGGGAAACGUGAUACCAGUUAUUUCAAUACUGUCCAGGAAUUAGAUUGCCUCCUUGUUUGGCAGCAGCUAAGCAUGUUGUCUCAGAUGGGAGCAAAUAACUAAGACUGAUAAGCUGGCAUGUCCAUGGAGUGGGUUUGAUAACAUGGCAUUAGCUAGUGGAUCCACCCAGAGCCUGCCCUUUCUUUUGUUGCAGUGUUGCCUUUUGAGUGAGAUGGGUGCACAUCUCUAUCCAGAGAGGCAGAAGAGUCAUUUAAAAUAAAAAGAAAUGUGGGGGUGAAAUUGAGAUGUUUGUUUCUCCUCUGCCUUUUUUUUUUUCCCCUUUUUUGUCCACUCAGCACACUGAAGUGUGAGGAAGGCCUUCAGGCAUCUGUUACCUUGCCGAAGAUAACUUUCGUUGAAGUGUCUUUUAUCUUCCUGCUUUCAGAGAGGACCUAAUACAAUCAGUCCUGAAUCCUGCUGCUGCAGAGAUAACAAGCUGUUUAUGCUUGACUUCAGCUGGAAGAUGGCUUCCAGGGAAACAACACAUCUUAAAUAUGCAGGAGUGUUACCUUAUGCAGUAUGACUAUAUUCGCUUGCAGAAAGAAAAAGGAGAGCGAGCUUGUGGUCAGUGAACAAGUUUAGGAAUUGGAUAGCUGGUUUUUUAAGCUCUUCCAAUCAUGCUUCAUUUGAACUAGGUUUAUCUGGUGACUUACCCAGCACAAUCCAACAUCUGUGGUCCCUGCAGCUUCCUAGCAUUGCAGCUGUAGCAUGACUGCUUGAGCUCGGGGGAAAAAAAAGUGCCUAUGGAGAAAGGUACAGCAAUUUUAUUUUCUUCUCCAGCAAAAUGAAACCUAUUUAAAAAUAAACAUAUAUUGACGAUGUGUAUCAA